CCAUAAUCCUCCCUAACACCCCUCUCACUCGCCUCCCUCAUCACUCUCACUCUCACUCUCACUCUCAAUCUCUCUACCGCCGCUCUCCCAAAUUUUGACCAACGAAAGCUUUCAUACAAGGCUUUGCUGAGAGAGAGAGAGAGGGAGAGAGAAAGAAAGAGAGAGGGUGGAUCGUUCGGGGAAGCCAGAGAAGAAAAAGAAAAAGAAGGGGAGAAAAAUCCUCGAGGUGAAAUCUGCUAUCCAACAAGCCCAGAGAAGUUUGGCGGUCAAUGGGAAUGAGGCAAUGGCUGUUGCAACUUUGCUACAGCUUGUCGAGACUUUGCAGCUUAAUCUAAAAGCUGCAAUUAAGGAAUAUGCAGAUUGGUACGGACGUUUCAUGCCUCUGACAGAAGAGGCUUUUCUAGAAACAAGGCUUGAGGAGCUUUCUCAUAACAAGGGGCAUAUCACUCAUUACAUCUUCACUGACUCAGAUGUAGCAAUAAUGGUUAAUGACCUAGGACAGAUAUUUCAGGAUUAUCCAAAUUUUCAUCUGGCUCUCACCUUCCGGAACAACAAAGCUCAACCUUUGAAUUCAGGAUUUAUAGCAGUGAGGGGUACACCUGAUGGCAUUUUAAGAGUUCAACCCUAAGACGAUCACGUGAUCAAGUGCGGGUGCUCAAGAGAAAGGUAAAAUCCAGUUUUUUAUUCUAUUUUCAAGUGUUGUUGUUGGUUGGAUAGAUAGAAACUUCGAGCUGUUGCCAGCGAUUUUUUUUUUUUUUUUUUUCUGGGCAGUUUAAGUUGGCAUAUAAAGUUAGCACAGAUUUAGUAUACUUUUGGGCAAGAGCUUAAAAUCACUAUUUUUCUAUGUUAUUAUUGAUAAUUUCUUCUUAAAAUAUGUUAUUGCCUUCUCUUUUCAAAUAUAUGAUUUAAUGGACAGCCUAAUUAGGAAUGAAAAGAAUGAAACACCAUUUAUGGUAAGAAGCAUGCAAUAAAAAUGUAUUUAUUUUGUGUUUUCAUGAUUUUUCUUCCUAGUAAUUAUACCAUUACUGGUUCAAGAAGUGAGUAACAUUGUGUAUUUAUUUUGUCCUCUCUGUAUCUAAGACGAGACCAGCUCCACUGCUUUAUCCAGCACUUGCUUUUUGAGUGACAUUUGUUACAUAAAUAACAUUACUAGUCCAGCCAAUUAUAAAAGUUUGAGCUGGGGGUCCUAUUAAGUCAAGUGUGGAUUCCUUUAGUGCUUCUAAAGGAAUUC